AUGGCUAUUACCACACGAAGUGGUAAAGUAUUACCAGGCCCAUCAGUGGGCAGCGCUGGGAUUGAAGACGUAACUGAAGAAAAUAUUGAGCAUGAAGAAAGUUAUCCAGUGGAGUCUAAGAAACUAGAGAAAGUUAUUGAUAAUACACCAUCCAAGCAUCGAUGGUGUGUUCUAGAAGUUGAUAUGUUGAGUAUACUUGAAGAGAGUCAUGCUUCCCCAGUUGGAGGUCACCAUGCAGGUGAUCGGACUGCAAGGAAAGUGCUUCAGAGUGUCUACUAUUGGCCCUCUUUGUUCAAAGAUGCCUACGAGUUCGUGAAGAGGCCAUAUGGGCUAUCUCCCAAAGCUUCAAUUGAUGAAGCUCCAAAAUUGGAGCUUAAGGUUCUUCCUCCUAACUUUAAAUGUGUUUACCUUGGUGACAAUGAUACCUUGCCUGUUAUUUUGUCUGCAGGCUUAUCUGAUAUGCAAAUAAAGGAAGCAAUGAAAGUCCUGAAAAUAAGAAAAAAGGGUUUUGAUGGAAUUAUACGUAGAUAUGUUUUACAAGCUAAAUUCACACAACUGUUACAAAAGUGUCAUUCAUCUCCUUAUGGUGGCCAUCAUGGGGGUGAAAGAACAGCCAGGAAAGUUUUGCUAUCCAGUUUCUUUUGGACUACCUUGUUUCGAGAUGCAGAGGCAUUCGUGAAGAGCUGUGAUCAAUACCAGAGGUUAGGUACGAUUUCAAGGUAUCAUGAGAUGCCCCUAAAUAAUAUUCUUGAAGUUGAAGUAUUUGAUGUUUGGGGAAUUAAUUUUAUGGGACCAUUCCCACCAUCCAAUGACAACUUGUACAUUCUAGUGGCAGUUGAUUAUGUAUCUAAAUGGGCAAAAGCUACAACUUGUCCUACUAGUGAUACGAGAGUAGUACUAAAGUUCAUGAAAAAGCAAAUAUUUUCCCAAUUUAGAACUCCUGGAGCUCUAAUCAGUGAUGGAGAAACGCAAUUUAUUAACACUUGGUUUAAGAAUAUUUUGGCUAAAUAUGGUGUUAGGCACAAGGUGGCUGCUGCGUAUCAUCCACAAAUGAGUGGACAAGUUUAG